AUGGAUUACUCCAGGUUGCGCGCUGCGGCGCUGAAGGAUGGCGAAGACGAAGAGGCCGUCACAGUCGACACACGAGCCCUAAUAGACAAGGUCCUCGCUAGAUACUCUGGCGAAUGGACAACCCUACGAGAACUCAUCCAGAAUGCCGCUGAUGCGCAAGCGACAUCGGUCAAGAUAAAAUGGGAAACGCUCCCCUCAACAUCCGUGCCCCUUCCGAGUACCACGAACCGCUCCGAGCUGCUCAAGCAUGUCCUCACAAACCACACACUGCGCCGGCUGGUCGUACAAAAUAAUGGGCAACCGUUCACAAAGACCGAUUGGGGAAGACUGAAGAGGAUUGCGGAGGGUAACCCUGACGAGACAAAAAUUGGUGCCUUUGGCGUGGGUUUCUAUAGCGUCUUUGCAGACUGCGAAGAGCCCUUUGUCAGCUCCGGCAGUGAGGCUAUGGCAUUCUACUGGAAAGGGAAUGCCUUGUUCACCAGGAAGCUACAGCUCCCAGAUGGCCAGGGGAACUCAGAAACGGCAUUCGUCUUGGAUUAUCGGAACACCACGACACCCCUACCAAAUCUCCUAUCCGUUGGGCAGUUUCUUGCAACCAGUCUUACCUUUGUGGCUCUACAAAACAUCGAAUUCUGGAUCGAUGACUGGAAGGUCCUAUCCUUGCAAAAGAAGACAUCCCCAAAUCUCGAUAUUCCGAUUCCUCGAGACCUGGAGACUUGGACGAAGGAUAGAAUCAUGAAACUAGCAGCUGUAGAACGCACAAGUGCUCAGAUUGAUGCCUCCUUCAUGAGCGUGCUUGGCUGGAAGCCACAAGUUACGUCUUCUGCGACCAAGACUAUCGAGAACUAUGGCGUGGGCGAGAUGCCCUCAUUAAGAAAUUUCUUUUCCAGGUUGACAUCCAACUCUUCGCAGGUAGCGGCCAGAGGGAAAGCUGCGAGGGAAGAGAAGGCUGCUCAAGAAGCCAUAGCGGAAGAUUUGACCGCACUUUCCACUUCGAGCAUCUUCCUCCGAGUGACGUCCGCUUCUGUGCAAACCCAUGUCAAUGCUUCAUUCGCGGCAGAACUGGAGAGAGCUACGAAGAAGCCGCCACCGAAGGUAACCAAGCUAUCUAUUUUGACCUCGUCGUAUGAUGAGACACUAGCUUCGGAGAAGUCAUCCACCACUGGAGCCGCUGCGAGAGCCUCAGAUAUCUUUGCUUCGGUGCUACCGAGCAAAAAGCCGGGCGGGAGGAUUUUCAUUGGGUUUCCAACAACCCAGACAACUGGUGCUGGUAUGCACAUCUCCGCACCGUCUGUUAUACCAACCGUGGAACGCGAGGCUAUCGACUUGAAUGCUCGUUGGGUCCGUAGCUGGAACAUUGAAAUGUUGCGCGUAGCUGGCAUCAUGACAAGACUGGCGUUCGCGAACGAGAUGACUGAUCUCCAGACCAAGCUUCUUCGAGCAGCAGAGUCUAGGGGCAAGGGCUCGAAAAUUUCAAGUGAAGAUGUUGCAAAAUUUGUGCCUGAAGCACUGCACAUUCUCAAAACAUAUACCUUCGAAGACUCAACCCCCAGUGCCCAUGUAGCGCAGAUCAUUGAGGAGGCCUUUUGGACAUCUUUCAAGAAGCCUUCUAUUGAGGUUUACUCAAGUUGCGGCGUGCUUCUGACAACCAAGGUGCGUACCGGGUCCGAUGAGCUGAGCAAAUUCGUCGAUGGCAUCCCCGUCAUCAUAAAAGAUAUGAAAGACACGCCGUUCAUUAGAAAAUUGACGGAUUUUGGUCUUAUUAAGGAUAUCAAUGUUGAUGAUGUCCGACAAGAGCUCGAGGCGAAGGCACUGACAAAAGAGCAAUUAAUUCAUUUCAUUACUUGGGCAGGUAAAAGUGCUGCUUCAGGGGAAUUGGAUCCUCCAAGCCGAGCUGGCCUCCUUGGCGUGGCUAUUGCGACAAUCAGUGAUGGUGGUGAUUCCGGAGGCAUCAUUGCACUGGGCUCAAUUAAGAAUUACUUGAGUACAAACAAAAUUCCACCGGAUCUGCCGAUUCCUCCCACGACCCUCCCCUACGCCUUUACUCAUCAAACCCCUGUUGCUCACUUGCAAGCCCUUGGUUGGGAGACGCUCGAGAUCGUACCCUGGCUACGGUUUCUCAUUGAGACAGGUCCGAAUAAGCCAGAUGAACAAAACAUCAUGAAGUCCACGAAGUUCUCUAUUCAGGUUCUCACUGUUUUGUCUAAAAAUUGGGACAAUCUCAGCCAAAGCUCGAAGAGUUCUGUCGUGUCUGCCUUGCAGAACGUCACGGCCAUGCCCACAAAGAUGGGAAUGAGAAAACCUGCAGAGUCAUUCUUCCCUUCCGUUAAACUAUUCGAUGAUCUGCCAAUUCUCCAAGGGACACAUGGUAUCAAAGACAAAUUCCUGACAGCCCUUGGUGUAAGGAAAACAGUUGAUCUUGAAACCAUUUUCACUCGGCUAUUAAGUCCCUCCCCCGAAGCUGGAGAAAACGGUUCCAAGAAAUGGAGUCAUGUCGAGCUAAUCAAGUAUCUCGCCUCGGUUAGGGACGAUAUCCCAGCUGAUGACAUGAAAAAGCUUAAGAGCUCGCAAAUAUGCCCGGCAGAAGCUGGACCCACUGGAAUGGAGUCCACGAAAGCAACUACGCAGUUGUACAAGGUGUCUGAGCUCUUCGAGCCCAAGGACACGCUGCGUACUCUCGGACUUCCAAUUCUCCAGUGGCCUGGUCCACCAGGCAGCUUCCGGCCAUCAAGCCCUGAGGCCCGGUUUCUCACAGUGCUUGGUUUGAGACCAUAUCCAACAGUACCAGAGCUGGUGGACAUGAUGUCUUCGUCCGAUGCGUUUCUGAGAGAAAAGUCACGGACUUAUUUCAUUGCGAACCAUCACAUCAAUGGAUAUGCCAAUUUCAAUAUCGCGAACACCAACAAGGCCAUUCUGCCUCUACAAGGGAACGAAAAGCAACUCGUACCACCAUCUUCUUGUUAUACAAAUGAGGAUGCUGCUGUUUUGGGAUUCGAUAUUCUCAAAAAAGACCUACACUUGCACGCGAAUAAAUUUGGUGUAGUGCGAGAUCCUCCUAUCACCGAGUGUGUGAAUAGACUACUGGCAAGACCGCCACAAAACCGACAAAUGGCCAUUACACUCUUCGAAUACUUCACCAGCCGGUUGGGUGACCUCGGAGAAAACAGCCUGUCCAAGCUCAGAGAUGCUCCCAUUGUGCCUAUAUUAAGAACUAAACGAGAGAAGAGCGAAGGCACGACCAGUUUCACCCACGUCCGUCCACAGAACUGUUAUCUUGGCAGCUCUUCCACGUAUGGAGAGAUCUUUGACUUCGUGGAUUUUGGGGCCAACGCAAACGCCUUUCUUUUCAAGUGUGGCGCGAAGAAUGAGCCGACAAAGCUUGAGAUAGCUCGACUGGCUUGCACUGAGCCAGUCCGGCUAUCGACAACCUUGCAAAGCUCAGAAAAAUACUUGAAUCUUCUGAGAUCACUGGCUGAGGAUCUGCCGGCACUCAAAAAGGAUAAGGACCUGUACAAGAAGAUGAAAACUCAGCCAUGGCUGCUUGCCUCGCGGGAGAUUUCUUCAUCAAAAGGAGGUGCUGGCGAUGACGAGGAUGAGACGCCUAUCAUGCAAUAUCAACUCGCGGCCCCAAACAAAAUUGUCAUCUUGGACGACUAUAUUAGCUAUAGACUAUUCAAGGAUUCGCUGAUCUGCGCUCCUCAAGAAGAGAUUCUUGAAAAUUUCUACCUUGCGCUUGGCUCGCAAACAUUGGGCAGCAUGGUGCAGGAGGAUCUUCGCAUCGGUCCUCAUAGCGAUAAACAACAGGGUGCUGCAUGGCUCAGGAAGCAUGUCAUCGAACGGUCGAGGAUCUUUUUGUAUGAAUACGCCAAGUAUCGAAAAGAUGUCAUCAAGCACGACGCAAAGUGGCUGGAAAAACACUUGACGGUCGAGGUUGUCAAGUCGGUGGCACUGCGACGGUCUCUUCGGGGACACCCCCAAUCACACACCGAGAAGAGGUCAGCUGCAAGCGCGCAGGCGAACUCAGCGUGGGUACUCUAUGUCGCCGCUGAACAAGGUAGACCCGACAUGUACCAGGUCGGGCAGGCAGUAUGCCAGAUACUCUUGACAAGGCCAAGCCAGCAGGCGUAUUUCUUCUUCGAGCCGCUGUUGAAGCUCGACUUGUUGGACUUGCGUGCCCGGGGAUACAAUGUGGACAGAAUCCUCCGCGCUAAGCGAGAAGAAGCGCGAAUUGAAGAAGAACAGCGCAGGAAGGCCUUGGAAGCAGAGCAGCAGCGGAUCAGAGAGGCGGAGCAGGAAUGGACAAGGCAAAAUAAAGCAGCAGAGGCCGCAAGAGAGACUGUAAAGACACCAGACCCCGUCAUGCCCGGCUCGUUUGGUGCAGACUCUCCUGAGGACCGCCAUGCCUUGCCGCCCGUACAACCUUCUCAUUCUACCAGGAGGCCUAAAGGCCUCUUUUCGAACCUGUCCAAACGGUUCGGAUUUGAUAAAGAUGAGGAGUCGGAACAGCAUCUGCAGAACUUCCUCCACGAGCCAGAGAGCAAACCCGUCCAAAGCGGACCCUCACAACCCAAUGGCACUGAUCAAAAGAGCAAGCGUCCUCAGGAUGAUGGCAGAGUCACUUCACCCGCAGUGGUUCAGCAGAACCUUUUGAAUGCCAUCAAAUCCACCCGCCCUCAUGAUUCAUCAACUCUGUUUUCUCCACCAAAGACUGAGCAAGUCAAGGAACAGUCGACUUAUUGCGAUAGCAAGCCAGCUCAUAACAUCAACUUCGCUGCCGAAGCACCAAAUGGAAUGAGAGUCUUCGUCGCCAAAGAUCUUUCUGUAGAGCCUGUCAAGUUCUUGUCGUCAAAUAUCACACCAAUAGGCAACUUCGAGAACCUCUUGCGUGAUAUUGGCAACAUCUAUGGGCUCCCAACGAAGGCUAUGCACAUGUUCUAUGACGAAAAGGGCGGGACGAUAGCCUUCAACAGCAACGGAAGUAUCUUUUGUAACCUGCGCUUUUUCAUUCAGUUGCAUGCGAGCAAGCUAGAAGGAGCUGGGCAGGGAGAGGCCAAGGUAGAGGCGGCUGUUUGGUGGUGGGUUGUCAUUGCCCAUGAACUGGCGCACAACCUGCAGUCUCAGCACAACUCCGAGCAUAGCUACUACACGUAA